GUAGGUACACACCCUCCCAAACUGCGUGUAUAAAGUAUUGAGCCUCCAGUCACUGGGUUGAAUCAAUAUGAUCUGUACGCCAGUUUUAUUCUUAUUAAAUUCUUCUACCAGUUUUUUUCAGUUUUUUUACUGCACAAUACCUAAGUGUUAUAAUUAAACUAUUGCAAAUAAAUGUUUAAUAACAACUAAAAAAAUUUACAAAUAAUACGUAUUUAUUUAGUUGUAAAAAACUGGCAAAAACAACAUUCAAUGACCUAAAUAAUCUUGGAAAUUGGGGGAUAAAUUUUAUUUACUCACUAAGAUGUAUAUAAAAUCUUCAAAAUGGUUGUGAGUGUCACAAGUGUUGAAGAGUUCAGUGCAAUUUUAUAAAAGUCCAAUAAUUAUAAGUGAUAAUAACAAAAAUAUUCAUAUAAAAUAAUGUUGUUAUUAAUAAUGAUUAAAUUCAAAUUUUAUUCAUCAUGAAACUAUGAAUUUUCAAUUUUAAUUGAGAUAGAAAAAAUCCUAUAGUACAAAUUAUUCAACAAAACAAUGGAAAGAAAAAAUAUAUUGGUGAUAAUUUUUUCAAUUAUUUCAAUGAUUUAUGGAUCAUUACCACCUUCUGAUGAUAAUAUACUUCAUAUUGGUGGGAUUUUUCCUAUUGGUGGUGAAGGAGGAUGGCAAGGAGGCCAGGCUUGCAUGCCAGCAGCCAAUUUAGCUCUGGAUGAUGUCAAUCGUGAAAAAAAUUUAUUACCUGGAUUUACAUUGAAACUACAUGCAAACGAUAGCGAAUGUGAACCAGGUUUAGGAGCUGCUGUUAUGUAUAAUUUACUGUAUAAUGCUCCACAAAAGUUAAUGUUACUUGCUGGAUGUAGCACAGUUUGCACAACAGUAGCAGAAGCUUCUAAAAUGUGGAAUCUAGUCGUUCUUUGUUAUGGAGCAUCAUCUCCAGCAUUGUCAGAUAGAAAUCGAUUUCCCACUUUAUUUAGAACUCAUCCAUCAGCAACUGUUCACAAUCCAACAAGAAUAAAAUUACUCCAAAAAUUUGGAUGGUCUAAAAUAGCUAUACUCCAACAAGCUGAGGAAGUUUUUAUAUCGACCGUUGAAGAUUUAGAAUCUCGCUGUAAAGAAGCGGGAAUAGAAAUAGUAACUCGUCAGAGUUUUUUAUCCGAUCCAUCCGAUGCUGUUAGAAAUCUACGACGAUCAGACGCUCGAAUUAUAGUUGGAUUAUUUUAUGUUGUGGCAGCAAGACGUGUUCUUUGUGAAGUUUAUCAUCAAAAUCUUUUUGGGAAAAGUUAUGUAUGGUUUUUCAUUGGAUGGUAUGAAGAUAAUUGGUUCGAAAUAAAUCUUGACAAAGAAGGAAUAAGUUGUACAAAAGAAGAAAUGAGACUAGCUGCUGAGGGUCAUUUAACAACUGAAGCAUUAAUGUGGAAUCAGAACAAUGAUACAACAAUUAGUGGAAUGACAUCUGAAGAUUUUCGUCAAAGAUUAAACAAAAUGCUAAAAGAAGAUGGAUAUGAUAUUGAUAAUAAUCGAUAUCCUGAAGGAUAUCAGGAGGCACCACUAGCUUAUGAUGCUGUGUGGUCAGUUGCUUUAGCAUUCAACAAAUCGAUGGAAAAAUUAUUAAAAAUGGGAAAGAGUCUAAAAAAUUUCACCUACACUGACAAGGAAAUAGCUGAUGAAAUAUAUUCAGCAAUUAAUUCAACACAAUUUUUAGGUGUUUCUGGAUACGUAGCUUUCAGUUCACAAGGAGAUCGAAUAGCGCUUACACAAAUAGAACAAGUGAUUGAUGGAAAAUACGUUAAACUCGGAUAUUAUGAUACUCAAAGUGACAAUUUAACGUGGAAAAAUCGAGAAAGAUGGAUUGGAGGAAAAGUACCGCAAGAUCGUACGAUUGUGAAAAAAGUUUUAAGAACAGUUUCUCUUCCUUUAUUUAUUAGUAUGGGAUCAAUAUCAGCACUUGGAAUUGUCACUGCUAUUAUUCUAAUAAUUUUCAACAUCUGGAACAGACAUCGACGAGUUAUUUUAUCAUCUCAUCCAGUUUGCAAUACUAUUAUGCUCGUUGGUACAAUUGCCUGUUUUAUUUCGGUAUUUUUACUUGGAGCAGAUGGACGAUUUGUUGAACCUUGGGAGUAUGCAGGUAUUUGCCAAGCGAGAGCUUGGAUGUUAUCAAUUGGAUUUACAUUAGCAUUUGGAGCUAUGUUCAGCAAAGUUUGGAGAGUUCAUAGAUUAACAACUAAAGCAAAGGCAGAUCAAGCUAAAUUAUUUAUGUCAAAAAAAAUAUCAUCUGUCCAAAAGAAAGUUCAACCAUGGAAAUUAUAUACAAUGGUGAGUGGUCUUUUGGCCAUUGAUGUCAUCAUUUUGGGAGCUUGGCAAGGGUUAGAUCCACUUCAAAGAACUAUUGAAGUAUUUCCAAUGGAACUGCCAUUGUACGGCGAUGAUGAUGCAAAAAUUAGUCCAGAACUUGAACAUUGUGAAAGUGAAAAUAAUAAUGUUUGGCUAGGAAUAAUAUAUGGAUAUAAAGGUCUUGUCCUAGUAUUUGGACUUUUUUUAGCAUAUGAAACAAGAAGUAUCAAAGUCAAACAAAUAAAUGAUUCAAGAUAUGUUGGAAUGUCUAUUUAUAAUGUUGUUGUACUCUGUUUAAUCACAGCACCUGUGACAAUGGUGAUUGCUAGUCAACAGGAUGCUAGCUUUGCGUUUGUUGCACUUGCUAUUAUUUUUUGUUGUUUCUUAAGUAUGGCACUUAUUUUUGUGCCAAAAGUAAUUGAAGUAAUUCAACAUCCUCGUGAUAAAGCUGAAUCUAAAUACAAUCCAGAUGUGGGAUUUUCUAAAGAGGAAGAAGAAAGGUAUCAGAAAUUAAUAAAUGAGAAUGAAGAAUUACAAAAACUUAUUGCUGCGAAGGACGAAAAGAUAAAAAUUUUGAAGCAGAAAAUAGCUGAACGGGAUAAUCUGAAAAGUGGUGGUACUGGUAAUGUACCAAAAGAUUCGCUCAUCAUUGCUGAUUUUGUUACGGGUGAAGGAACGUCAGACAGCGCGAUUGGUGGGGGUAUAUCAGUUUACACGCGAUCCUCCCGUGCAUCUGCAUCUGAUUUUGAGUUUUCUGAAUCUUAUCUUUGAAUAAUUAAUUUUCUAAAAUUAUUCAAAUCAUCCCUAACUUCAAAUCUUAUGCACAAAUGAUAAAUUCACUUUUUCUACUUAUGUACUACUUUCACCACAUUGAUGAUUUUUUUACAUUUUACAUUUAAAUAUUUCUUUAUAACCUUCCGUGCCAUUAAAAUGUUUCUCGACUGAUUAUAUAUCAAAAAAAAAAAAAUGAGUUAAUUCGAAUAUUUAUUGAAAUCAGUGUUGGAAGUAUAUAAAUGUGAUAGGUGUUUAAUAUUUAUACCAGAGUUAAUUGAUAAACGUCAAGAAGUUAUAAAUGUAUGACCAUAGACACAGAGAUACAUAUAUUAAAGAUUUGAGUAAUCUUUAUAUAAAGUAAAGUUAAAAUUGGCCUAUAUUUUUUGGUCUUUACUAAUCAGAUCAAUAACAUUAUUUUCUAUAUUUUUAAUAUUAAACUACAAUUAUUUGGGUCCAAAUAAAAACAAUCAGAGAUUAUUACUUAGUAAUCCUAUUGAAUUGUAUAUUCAUUAUUUCAACUGCCAUACAAGUAAAAUUAACAAUGUUCCAUGAAUAAUCUUCAUCAAACGUACUGUCUUCCGUGAUAAAACAUUGCAUGAUAGCAGCUACGGCCUUUUCUUUUACUUUUAGACUAGAUUUUAAAUUACAAUAUUAGUGGCAUGCUCUUCCAUAUAUUCAAUAUUGCAGUUAAAUCUCGUUAGAUUGUAAUCAGGGUACUUUUAUUUCCGCUGCUAAUUUGAAUUAUUUAAAUAAAAGUUCAACAAUGUAUUAUGUAAAACCUCAUUAAGUCUCCCAAAAUAAAUAUAAUGUUUAUGAAAUAAAUUAUUUAUUUGACAUUAAUUCUAACGAGAUUUAAACGCUUAUUUCAA